UUCACUCUAGUUUUGCUUUGCUCAUUUCUGUAUGAAGAAGAUGAUAACUUUCAGAUUAUCCAUGGUUAACCUGCUUGGGUUGUACCUAAUAUUUUCUAAGGAUCACACUGGAUGCUGCUUGGAAACUGUUUGGCAGCUGCCAAGCCCGAGCAUAACUCAUCUGCAGAAUAUCAGUAAGAAGCAAAGCCUCGUGGUGAGCUGGCUGGUAAACCACAGCAGCUUAGUGGGAGACUUUUAUGAGAUCCAGAUCGGACGCACUGAAAACCACACCGUUAUUUACAACAGAAAUCUGAGUUUAUCUCCUGUGGAUUCAGAUAAACACACAUUCACAUGGACCUCUGAUGUGCCUCUGGAGUGUGUCGAUCACUCAGUCAGGAUACGACUUUUCUAUAAUCAGUCUGUCUCAAGUCCCUGGAGCAGCUGGAAAACUCACUAUGGAUUCCAGGCAGAGACUACAAGCAAGAUCUUCCCCCUCCAGCGGGUGAUGAGAGAGCACGCCACUGCCAUAUUCUGCUGUGUCCCCUCAAGAGGAGUCAAUAUUAACAGCAUGACCUUUAAUAACAGCAAAUACACUCUUUUCAACAUCGGAGACAGAGUCAAGGCUAUCACUGUACAUAACCUGACCAUCCCGACAACACGCAUUAAACGUCUCACGCUCACCUGCCAUGAUACAACAGGAAAGCCAAGUUAUGCAUGGAACUACAUCAGUUUUCCUCCCCUUAAGCCCAGAAACAUCAGCUGUUUGACCUCAGACAUGACAACCGUCAUUUGCACCUGGGAUCCAGGCAGAAAACGAGAUCAAUAUGAUCACAACAAGCAGAGUCACACUCUCCACAUAGAGAACUCAGACCAGGCUCCCAUCAAAUGUCAGCAGUUUCCUUGUACUUUCUCGGCCGUCCCACAGUUGGAAGAAUACAACAUCAGUGUGGUGGUGAAGGACGAGCUGGGAAAGACGAUGGAGAGCUACACCUUCAACCUGUCUGAAAGAGUGUUUCCUGUUGUGGAGGUGAAAACAGUGAGCCCUGGGGCCACAGACACUGCUGUGUCCUGGGUCGUACAUGGGAACUUGACCAGACUGAACCUCCUCUGUCAGGUCACUGCAGACCCAGACAGCACCACACAGCUGAGUUGCAAUAAUGUGAGCGGUCACUGCAAAGUCAAACUGGAACAUCUGCUUCCCAACACCCACUACUCCACUAGGGUACGCUGCUCUCUCAAUGGCAGGCUCUGGGGAAAAUGGACACAGCCCAUAUCCUUCACAACUUAUCCGUUGGUGACCUUGGACGUAUGGAGGAGAAUAAAGCAGCUGCCCGACCCGAACAGUCGUCAAGUUACUCUAUUGUGGAUUCCACAUGCUCCUGGCUCAGCACUCAAAGAGAUCAUCAAAGGCUAUGACAUUAAGUGGUCACAGGAAGGCAAAAACUGGACCGAUAGGAAGGACAGUGGGCAAAACCAGGCAGACGUGUUCAUCAAUGGGGGACAGUAUGAGUUCACUGUCCAUGCUGUUGUUCUCAGCAACUCCAGCGUCCCUGCUCACAUCACCAUCCCAUCACAGAGGGAUAAUGGAGAAAUCCUCCCAGUAACGAAGCGGUUGAGCAGCAGCGCAGCAGCUAGUUUUAAUCUGUCCUGGGACGAGCAGCACACUGUCACCUGUGGCUACACCGUGGAGUGGUGCAUUCUGGGAAACGCAGAGCCUUGUGUUCUGCGAUGGCUGAAGGUGCCUGAGGGAAACAACACAUUGUCCCUAGCUGCUGGAAACUUUAAAGCAGGUCAUAGGUAUACAUUUAAUAUCUACGGAUGCACAGAGAAUGGACACAGGCUACUGGAGGUACAGACUGGAUACUCACAAGAGUGGAAAUCUGUCAGGUCCCCAGAACUAGUUGAACCUGUUCAGAGAACUUCCUUCUCUGUGACACUGGAGUGGCGUUACAAUGAGGACGAUCCGGCUCAUCCAGCGUUCAUCACUGGUUACCUGGUGACAGUGGAGUCUGAUACGCUGCCAGGUCAUGCUGCAAAUCGGUUCAACGUGUCAGUGGCAGACCCUCAUAAGAAGUCUGUGACUAUAGAGAGUCUGCAGCAGAACCAAGAGUAUGCUUUCUCUGUGAGCGCUCUCACUAAGGAGGGGCCUGGACAACCAACCAAUAUCAUUAUCAGGACCAGAACCAACUACUCUGCUCACUUGGUCAAGAUACUGACUCCCAUCUUGUUACUGCUGGGAUGCAUCCUUCUCUUGUGGCCUCGAAGAGAAAUGCUGAAGAGCGGGCUCAAGGAGGUAUUUGCUUAUCCUGCUGGUAUGAACAUCAAAACUCCAGAGUUAGACAGCUUCCUGCAUGAGACCAGUGAGAGGCUGCAGUCUCAGAAGGUGGAGGAGUGCAGCUGCUGUGACAUUGAGAUCCUGAAUAGCAGACCUCCUCUGGAUGAAACCCUGAACACACUGCCCUCUCCUGGUUCCAAGUCCUUCUCUCCAACGUUGCCACACCAAGUAGACUACUGUCCGCAGUCAGUCACAGUGUCCUGGGACACACCUGACCUUCAACAAAUAACAUGCGUCACAAACAAGACGUACUUGCCCACCGCGGUGGAGGAUUUGUCUGAGGCGGAAGAAGUCACUGAGAUCAAAUCAAGUUGUGAAACCUCUGAGAGUCUGCUGGAGUCAUGCAGUGUUAUUUACGGUUAUAUCUCCAAUGAUAAUCUAUAAGUGAAAAGUUAAAGAAGUAGGAGUUUAAGAUAGGUGCUUUGUUUGUUAGACAGAAUGUUCCUGCAGCUUUCUGUUGUAAAUCUUUUGUAUUAAUGUCACGUUUCCACUUACUAUAUACUGUACAUCUAUACAUUGUACAUUUGUGAUUUUAUUGGGAAACUAUAGCUUGCAGAUGUUAUAACAUAUUGUAUGUAGAACAGAAAACACUCAGCAGGUUAUCUGGACAGUAUUUUAAACUGCUUAUGGCUUCUGCAGCAAUACAGUCCAAAAGUAAAAGUGUCCAUAGUGACACAAGAGGAACUCAGUGUAAAGAUUUUGGUGAACUGUGAAGCAGCUACAGAUGUUAUCUGCAGGAUGCAUCUGGUAGCACUGAUAAGGCAGCUGAGCAUAUGCAUCUUUUUUGAGCUUUUGAUUUUAUAUUACUUGUAUGGCCCUAUUGAAACGUGUUUUUAAAUAAUCAAAAACUGUACUGGACUAUCAGGGUGAAGGAAGUACUAUGUAUAAGUUACGUAAUAAAAUAUUGAUGCAAGGAUUAAAA